GUAACCAGGUUUGUUUUCAGGUUUUCCUCUUUAAAAUUCUCAGUCAGAUGAGUCUUAAAAAACACACCGGCAGCAUGGAGCUGGGGGAGUGCACCAGAAACCCGGGCUAUCGGGAUGCGGACGAUGCCGGGUCAGCGGACGAAAGCAUCAGCGCCCAGCCCAGGGAGAAGCGGGACUCCACCGCGGUGAAGCUGGAGUCGGACGAGGCUGAGGAGUACACGCAGAUCAAACCGUACGCCGGGAUGCCCAAAGAAGUGCUGCUGCUGUACUCCUCUCAGGCCCGGUACCGAGUGCCCCGAGAGAUCCUGUUCUGGCUGACGGUGGCCUGCACGCUGGCGCUGGUGGCGCUCACCAUCACGGUGAUCGCUCUGUCGCCGCGGUGCCUGAGCUGGUGGCAGGUCUCCCCGGUGUACCAGAUCUACCCCCGGUCAUUCAAAGACUCGGACGGUGAUGGGGUCGGAGACCUUAAAGGAAUCCAGGAACAGUUGGACCACUUCCUGUACCUGAACAUCAAGUCAGUCUGGAUCAGUCCGUUCUACCGUUCUCCCAUGAGAGACUUUGGGUAUGAUGUGGAAGAUUUCCGGGCCAUUGACCCCCUCUUUGGAACCAUGCAGGACUUUGACGAGCUCCUGGCUGAAAUGCACAACAAAGGUUUGAAGCUGAUCAUGGAUUUCAUUCCCAAUCACACCAGUGACCGACAUCGCUGGUUUAACCUGAGUCGGACGAGAGACCCUCACUACGAGGAUUACUACGUCUGGGCUGACUGCAAUGCAACUUCACCAAAACCUAAUAACUGGGUGAGUGUGUUUGGAAACUCGUCAUGGACUUACGAUGAAGUUAGAGGACAGUGCUACCUGCACCAGUUCCUCAAGGAGCAACCAGAUCUGAACUUCAGAAACCCACAUGUUCGCCAAGAGAUAAUCGGUAUUAUUCAUUUCUGGCUGGGCAAAGGAGUGGAUGGGUUCCGGAUGGAUGCAGUGAAGUACAUCCUGGAGGCUGAACACUUGAGGGAUGAACCUCAGGUGUAUCCAGAACGACCACCAGAGUCUGUAACUACAGAGUGGGACCUCUACCAUGACUACACCACUAGUCAGCUGGGGUUGCAUGACCUGCUGAGGAGCUGGAGGGCAGAGAUGGACAUCUACAGCCGUGAGCCUGGCAGAUACAGGUUCAUGGUGACGGAGUCAUAUGAUUACGAAGAGGUGUACAAGACCAUGAUGUACUAUGGCACCCCGCUGGUUAGAGAAGGUGACUUCCCCUUUAACUUCUACCUGCUGGACCUGCCUUACAACACCAGUGGCUUGUGGACUCAACAUCUGGUCCACCUCUGGAUGGCCAACAUGCCCGAGGGAAAAUGGCCCAACUGGGUGGUUGGAAACCAUGACAGGUCUCGAAUUGCCUCCAGUGCUGGUGAGAUCUACACUCGUGUCAUCAACAUGCUGCUGCUGACCCUUCCGGGAACCCCCAACACCUACUAUGGAGAGGAGAUCGGCAUGGGGAACAUUAAUAUCACAGCUGAUCAGAUACAGGACCCGGCUGGCAGAUACAAUAUAAGUGCCAGUCGGGACCCUCAGCGAUCUCCAAUGCAGUGGAAUAGUAACAUGAAUGCAGGCUUUAACAACAAAACCAACAUCACCUGGUUGCCUGUACACCCUGACUACAGAAGAGUCAAUGUGGAGGUCCAGAAGAAAGAUGACGGUUCUGUUCUGGCUCAGUACCGUUUCCUGAACACCCUGCGUCAGUCAGAGCUACCACUUCAACGUGGGUGGUUCUGCUACGUCCACGCUGAUGCCAAUAUCUUCUCUUACCUCAGAGAGCUUGACGGUCUUGACCGAGCUUUUCUCAUGGUGCUCAACUUUGGCAAAGAAUCUGCCAUCACAGAUCUGUCCUAUGUUCGUGAGUUACCAGACCAGCUGAAGGUUCUGAUGAGCACAAACCAAGUCAACAGUGGCAAGGUGUUUGAAAAGUCUCGUAUCAUGACAGAAGCAGGAGAGGGUUUGGUGAUUCAGUACUCCACACACACUCGGUUUAAUCCCAACCACCCCAGACAAUGCUAUGUCUCUGAGAAGGCCUGCUAUCUGGGGGCCGUGGGCAUACUCUAUAAAUGCUAA